UGCAUUCGAGCUGUGCGCCAUUGUGGUGGUGCUUGAUUAGGCGUCGCGGAAUACGUGAAUGCUUGUCGUGCUUGCCAGAAUACUCAUCAUAAAGAGACGACGGCUGGUGUAUUUUACGCACGUGUUACAACAUCGAAAGCUUCAAGUGGUUCCCACUCGAUGAGCAGAAGCAAAAUAAUUAACAGUGCUGUGAACUUAAUCAAAGUGUGAUAAAAUAAAACAAUUAAUUUAAGUGUACCACUCAAUACAUUUAGCUGGGUAUGUGAAUCAAGCAACCAGAAAAAAUAAAUAUCCGCAGGUAACUGCAUUCCCCAUUCCAUGACAAAAUGGAUAGCAGCGCCAAGCCGGAAAGAAAGAAUCCCCGACAAAGGGCAAACAUAUUAUCGCAAUUAAUAUUUGCCUGGGCGGUGCCAUUUUUGUAUCGUGGAUCGCGACGGGGUCUUAAUACAAAUGAUCUAACGGAAUGUCUGAAGGAAGAUCAUUCAGAGCAGCUAGGAGAUCGUCUCGAAGAUGAAUGGUUCAAGGAGCUGGAGCGUUCUCAUCGCAAAUCCCACAAGCCCCGUCUGCGAAAUGCGUUGUUUCGUUGUUUCCUUUGGCCAACGAUUGUCAAUGGCAUCAUGAGCUUUGUCUACAUUGUAAUCAAAACACUUAUACCCGCUGUGCUGGCUCAACUAUUGAUGCAGUUCCAAAGGACAACUUCGCCUGUUGUGGCAACCAACAUUACCGAAACCUUGAACCGCACUGUAAGAGCCGUGACCAACUUUGGAUCAGCAGAAACUGCAGGCAAUUCCCCCAAUGCUAUAAAUAACAAUGAUCCGAUCAAAGAACAUAUAAAGGAUGUCAUUACCGGCACCAAUCAAACUGAGCUGAGUACAUUUGAGCAGGCCAUUUUUUAUUUCUGGAAUGAUCUUUAUUGCCUUGGUGGAGUGUUGGUGGGAUCCACACUAGCAUGCUGCUUCCUUAUACAUCACUUGGAUCUAAGGCAACGCCUGAUUGGAGCUAGAAUGCGCAUUGCUUGUUGUUCUCUUAUCUACCGAAAGACCCUGCGUCUGUCUAUGAAGUCGGCGGGUCAAACGCCUGCUGGUUACCUCAUCAAUCUGCUAUCCAAUGAUGUAAAUCGCCUGGAUUAUGGAUUCAUUUUUAUGCAUUGGAUCUGGAUAAUGCCCAUCCAAGCGGUGCUAACUUGUUAUCUGAUCUACUUGAGAAUUGGCAUCCCGGCCUUAGUCGGUGUCGUCGGAUUGCUGCUAAAGACGGUACCACUGCAGUCGGCAUUGAGUAAGCUGACCUCGGUGCUGCGAAUGCGGAUUGCCGAGCGAACGGAUGCAAGAGUGGGAAUCAUGAAUGAGCUGGUGCAGGGCAUACAGGUAAUCAAGAUGUACGCCUGGGAAAAACCUUUCCAGGCGGUCGUUGCGGAAGCCAGACGAUGCGAAAUCAAACAAAUUCGCUAUGCAUCCUACCUGCGUGGUUUCUACCUCAGCACAAUGGUUUUCACGGAGCGAUCCACCCUAUAUAUCACGCUCGCUGCAGCCGCUCUCAUGGGUCAGCAGAUAACUGCGGAUUUUGUGUUCUCUGCCGCCAGCUACUACAACAUCCUCCAGUUGGUGGCCGCAAUUUGGUAUCCCCUAGCAGUUACCUUUGGUGCCGAAGCUUUGGUUUCUCUGCGGCGUGUCCAGGCCUAUCUGCUGCAGGAGGGACGCGACGAGAAGGUCCAGGGACUGACUCAUAAACAGCAGCAGGAUGGAGGCGAUACACGAGCUGUUGUUCUAAAGGACGUGAAUGCCACCUGGGACUUAGAAAAACCCCUUCGUACACUGCAAAAUUUUAAUUUACAAAUCGAAAAAGGUCAGCUGUGUGCAGUCAUUGGUCCUGUCGGCGCUGGAAAGAGCUCACUAUUCCAGUUGUUGCUCGGCGAACUGCCCAUUGUGGAUGGCGGCGUCGUGAUUCAGGGCGAUCUUUCCUAUGCCUCGCAGGAGCCUUGGCUUUUCACCGGCACCGUCCGGAAUAACAUUCUCUUUGGGGAGCAAUACGAACGUAAGCGCUAUCAGGAUGUGACUCGAUGCUGUGCUUUGACAACGGAUUUCCAGCAAUUGAGCAAUGGCGAUAAAACGCUUGUAGGAGAACGUGGAGCUUCAUUAUCCGGUGGUCAACGUGCUCGCAUUAGUUUGGCACGAGCUGUCUAUAAACCCGCUUCCAUUUAUUUGCUAGAUGAUCCUUUGAGUGCUGUAGAUGCUCACGUGGGAAGACAUUUGUUUGAUGAGGUAAUUGGACCACGUGGGCGUUUAGCACAACAAAAGGCAACGCGCGUGCUUGUCACGCAUCAAGUGCACUUUCUCUCUGAGGCCGAUUGGAUUGUCAUUGUAGAUCAGGGUCGAAUCCUAAGGCAAGGAAAAUACGAGGAUUUGAUCAAUAGUGAGCUCGACUUUGCAAAGUUACUUGAGCGACCUAAGGAGACUGAGACUAGUGCCAUUGGCAACUCCUCAUCCAACACGACGCUAAGUCUACAGGAUGAGUCCGAAGAUGAUGAUGACAUACCCUAUAUCGAUGGAGCACCCUACAGUUACCAACCUAUUCGAAAGCACAGCAACUCUACGCAGGGCACUAAAUCGAUCAACAGCACUGAUCAGGCAGAUGCCGAUGAAGAUGACGAGGAAUUAGCUGAGGCUCAAGCUUCUGGUGGUGUGUCGGGUCGUGUGUGGUUUGAAUAUUUCAAGGCCGGCAGCACUUUACUCAGUUUCAGCUUCAUGGUCUUGGUCAUGCUAUUAUCCCAGGUUGUGUGCAGCAGCUCUGAUUACUUUUCUAACAUCUGGACCCAGCAAGAAGACCUGAGAUCUCGUGGAGAAGCUACCAGUUUCACCACCUACGAAUGUAUGUACAUCUACGGUGGUCUCAUUAUUGCUGUCGUGGUGAUGACGACGUUCAGAGGAUUCCUCUUCUUCAAGACGUGCAUGCAUGCCUCGAAGGUGUUGCACGAUCGUAUGUUUAGCAGCAUUUUACAUGCCGCAAUGCGGUUCUUUGAUACGAAUCCCUCGGGCCGCAUUCUCAAUAGAUUCUCUAAGGAUAUGGGCGCCAUUGAUGAGCUGUUGCCCCGUGCUAUGAUGGACUUUAUACAGAUUGCUUUGGUGAUGUUUGGUAUAUUGAUUGUCAUCUCUGUGGUUAAUCCAAUCUUGAUAGCUGCCAUGCUGAUUGUGGCUGUUAUCGAUAUGCUUAUCCUGAAGCUGUAUUUGCGUCCGUCUCAGGAUCUGAAGCGUCUGGAGGGUAUUUGCCGUAGUCCUGUGUUCUCGCACCUCAGCUCAUCUCUGAUGGGACUCUCAAUCAUACGCUCGCGUCAGAUGCAGGACGUGGUGGCCAAGGAAUUUGAUUUACUUCAGGAUGUACACAGCAGCGUCUGGCAAUUAACGAUGGCGGCGAACACGACAUUGGGACUCUGGCUGGACUGCGUCAGUUGCGCUUUUCUCGCUGCUGUUACAUUCAGCUUCAUUAUCUCAAGUGAAACUACUUAUAGCGGCAAUGUUGGCUUGGCUAUCUCGCAGGCAAUGAUACUCACAGGCAUGGUGCAAUAUGGUGUCCGCCAGGUGGCCGAAUCCUUGCAACAAAUGACUAGUGUAGAACGCGUUCUCCAAUACACGGAACUGGAGCAGGAAUCCUCAGAACCCUUCGGUAAAGAGCCAUCUCAGCAGUGGCCCACUCUUGGACAGGUAGAAUUCCGUGACUUGAGUCUACGCUAUGAUCCCAGUGGCUCAGCUGUGCUUAAGCAUCUCAACCUGACCAUUGAACCUGGCUGGAAGGUGGGCAUUGUGGGUCGCACUGGAGCAGGCAAAUCGUCGCUGAUAGGUGCACUCUUUCGUUUGGCAUACAUUGAGGGUGGCAUCUACAUAGAUGGCAUAGAGACGGGCAGCAUUUCGCUGCAGACGCUACGGACUCGUAUAUCCAUUAUUCCUCAGGAUCCGGUACUCUUCUCCGCCACCAUUCGCUAUAACCUAGAUCCCUUUGAGCGAUAUAGCGAUGCAGAAUUGUGGCGAUCUCUGGAAGAUGUCGAGCUACGCUCAGCCAUUCCUGGACUCGACUUUAUGGUCACCGAACGUGGCAGCAACUUCAGUGUGGGUCAGCGACAGUUGCUCUGCCUGGCACGUGCCAUUCUGCGCAACAACAAGGUUCUGGUGCUGGACGAGGCCACUGCCAAUGUGGAUCCACAAACUGAUUCGUUGAUCCAAAGAACAAUUCGUGUCAAGUUUCGUCAUUGCACCGUUCUCACUGUGGCACAUAGAUUGCACACGGUCAUGGAUUCAGAACGCAUCAUUGUUAUGGAUGCCGGCAAUGCAUCGGAAUUCGAUGUACCACAUUUGCUGUUGAAGAAAUCUCGUGGAGUGCUGAGACAGAUGGUGGAAGCGACCGGCGGAGAAGCCGAUGCUCUCAAGAAGAUUGCUAGCGACUCUUUCAAACGGAUGCAGGAACAAAGAGAAGCACAACGAGCAGCCGAGGAGCAGCAGGAGUAGAAACAAUUGUGAGUGGGUCAAUUAGAUUCGCAUUUACCCGAAAUAAAAAGAAGACUUUCAAGUUUUUUUUUAAAGUCGUACCAAAAUGAUAUACUUAAGUUUGUAAGCGAGUACUUAUGUUUGAUAUUCUGUAGUGUAGUAUGAUUUUUGUCGGUGUCCAACGUACAGGUAAAAUAGUGAAAGUCUCUAGAUGUACUGCCUUAUAUAUAUAAGCCUUAAGUAUAAACAGCAAUUUAUCACAUAGAAUAUAGUGACAAGGUUGAGUCAACUGUCACGAAAUCAUUAAAAAUAUGAAAAAAUUA